AUGGCCAAGAAGAUGAUCCAGCUGUAUCUCGACGAGCGGAGGAAGGCGAACGUAAGAAAGGCAGAAUCCAUUCGGCGCACUCCCAUGUCGGACCACAAUUCACAGCAGCAGGAACCCCCCGUCGAGACUCCCGUGUGGUUGGUUCAGGCCAUGCUCCUGAAUGUCGUGUAUGGUCAUAAUUGCGGGGACAAGCGGUCUGGGGAGAUCGCGUCCACCCACGCCGCCGCAUUAGUAAGUCUCGCGCAGGGAGCAGAGCUGCUGCGGCCAGUACGAGUUGAACCUUCGGCCAAGGACGUCGAGAUGAUGGAUGCUGACGGCGCCGGCGGGUGGAGCGGGGCCGGAAGACAACAUGCCGACGAGCACGCCGAGUGGCUGCGCUGGCGGGCCAUUGAGGAGCGGAAGCGGACCCUUUAUGCCGUCUUCACCCUAUCUAGCCUCCUCGUGUCGGCGUAUAAUCACACACCAGCCCUCACGAACUCGGAGAUCCUGCUCGAUCUGCCCUGUGACGAAGACUUUUUCGAGGCCGAAAGCGCCGCCAUUUUCCAAGCCAAGGGUGGGGUGGCAGCAGCUAAUCACAAUCGGAUGACGUUCCACGAAGCUCUGGGGAAGUUGCUGCGUACAAACGAGAAGCAGUACAAGCGCCCUUUUACUAACGCCCACCAAGCCUUCGGUUCGGCGGUCGAUGCUAGCGACUUGCCCAAGAGCGACCUGAAACCAAGUAGCUUCGGUUGCCUGAUACUGAUCAAUGCAUUGCACAACUACAUUUGGGAGACUCGUCAGCGACACCAUAACAAGGUUUGGACAAACGAGGAAACCGAGAAGAUGCACCGCCACAUUGAGCCGGCGCUUCGGGCGUGGCACGCCGCCUGGGCAACCAACCCGCAGCAUAGUCCGGAACGCCCGAAUCCCCACGGUGCAGGGCCGCUGUCAGCAGAUUGCAUUCCGCUGUUGGAUCUUGCCUAUGUUCGCCUCUUUGUCAAUCUCUCACGGUCCAAGGAGAAGUUCUGGCAGCGUGAUUGGGACGGGAUGGCCGAAGAGUUAGCCAAGGGCUCUGAGAUCAUCCAGCACGCCGAGCACUCACCCUCCUCUAACGCUGAUUCGGUUGUCACUGAUCCCUCGAGCACACCUGGGACGAACUCCCUUACCGUCGAUACCCCGCCGACUCAUACUUCGUCCCCGGAGUUUGGGGUAUCGAAGUUGCCGCUUUCGAGCUCCGUGAAUGCCGGACUGACCUCGCUGCCGCUUCAGCCUCAGGCGCAGAGCUCGACCAGCCGAUCGACGUCCCGGAGAGAGAAACACCUGCGGAAAGCUGCAUUUUUUGCGUCUGAGUCUCUUUCGGUUUCUGACAAGCUCGGCGUUACCUUUGCCAACUUGACCAGCCGCGAGUUGCCUCUACAGGCUACGCUUUGUGCAUUUGAUUGUGCUCAGGUUCUUGCCGAGUGGGUUGCCACUCUUCAGGACCGCGUCGGACGUUAUCUUGGAAUACUCGGCCGCGAUAAUGUUGAUUUCUCGCAAGUACCCGCGAUUAUGCUGCUCGAGGAAGAGGAUGUGAAGCUGCUGGCGAAGAUCGAUGAGAUCAUUCGUGGCGCCGAAGUCAAAAUGAACAUGGAUCUGGCUCAACUCGGUGGUAUGGGGGAUAGUGGCACUGUCGGUGUCGCUGGCGUCGACAGCAGACUCCAGAUGGACGACAAUGCGGGAUACGCGACGAAGCUCCUGAGAGUCACAGCGUACAUGUUUGAUAACGCUGCUGUAUGGCCUGUGACCCGCCUGAUCACGUCCUGCCUCGAGACCCAUGCCAACCAUAUGCGUGCACGCGCAGAGAAGUCUAUCGUCGCCCCUGCCUGA